AUGGCUGUAGAGAAACAGUUUUGAGGAUCGACGCUUUUGCCAGGUUUUUAAGAAAAAUGAGCCACCCUGUAGUUUGAGGGCACAUCCGCCACAUAACUGGGGAUCCAGGUGGCGCACGUUGGUGGCAUGUAUAGAACUGGUUGGAUAAUCCCCCCCUUCUGCAACCUGCAAAUUUAAGCGUGCAAGAAAAUUUGAGGAGUGCGGAGACUGGGGGGGGAGGGGACCACAACCUGGGCACCAACCAGAAAGUGAGCAGCUGAAAAGGAAGGAAAGAUCAUCCAAUCGUUGGUAGUGACUGCAGACCAUCAGAUGAAGAGCCUUCAGUUUCGGAGCAUUGCCCCCAAGGCCCCGGCUGUGGUGCCCUCUCCUUCCCCUGCGGUCCAGUCCUGUCAGCCCUCAUCUGCUCUGCCUGAGGCUACCACUGCCUCAAGCCCCAAGUCCAUCAUUGUGCCCACCCAAAACUAUGCACUCAUGCAAAUAGCAGGUCAAGAUGGCACAUUCUCCCUGGUGGCGCUCCCACCUUCUGUUUCUUCUCAGUCGCCGCAGCAUCAGAAGAACCUUAAACUACCCAUUCCCAGAUACCAGCCAAUGAGGAGCAAGGGGACCACAGAUAAGGUCAAAUCUCCUCCACUACCUGCCAGGGUGAAAACAGCCUCCAGAGUUUCUGACUCAGCACAGACCAAAUCAGUGGGUUGUGGAGCAUCAACAGCUAUUAAGAAGAAUCUACAAGAGACCAAGCACACAAAGGAAACCCUAGUGCCCAAAGAAGAGCCUUCAGAGCAGCUAAUUCUAAUAGACCCAGCCUCCUCUGACAUCUCUGUUACUGCUCUUCUACCAGAUAAUGCUGUCCUCUACCCGGGUUCUCAGUUGGAGCGAGUACCAGAUGGCUCAGAACAACCUACCACCACUGGUCUCAUUCAGAACCUGCAGUACCCCCCUGCUUCCAUCAAAAGCUCCCAAAGCAAAUCACCGGAGGACAAUAAGACUACAGUGAGAGUGUGCCAAUCUAAGCUGGCUGCAGCCCAGACCCAGGGCAGUAUCACUGUCCUUUCUCCAGCUAUCUUCAGUAAAGCAGUCCAGAUUAUCCCAUCCCCACCUAAGGGGAAAUUACCCAUUUUGCCCUACUCUAAAAUGAAGAGCACCCUCAUCCCAGCUGCCAAGCUCAAUAAUUUAUCUCCAGAAAAGAAAAGUUUACCUGGCCCGAAAGGACUCACCAGCCCUUUAGAUUCUACAUCCAAGUCCCACGAGACAGCUGAAACCUUGAGUCACAACCGGGUGCCUAACUCCAGUCUAGAGCCUCAGGCCCAGCCCACACUAAUGCCUGUUGUAGGAACACUCCAGAAGCCACCUGGCAAGAAGAGAGGAAGGAAGAGAAAAACGAUGGAAGACAUCUUAGCUUUUGAAGCCCGCAAGAAAAGGUCUUUAUCCUUCUUCCGUAGAAGAGUCCCGGAGAAACAGCUGGCAGUUGUUCCAGGAUCCAAACAAAAGGAAGUUGAUAUUUCAAAAAAAUACCGCAGCAUUAGACCCAAGCCCAUGUUGGUGAUGGAGACAGUUCCCCAGUUGGUUAGUCUGCCUGCUAUUACGCCAGAUGGCCAAGAACAGGAGCUCAUACUUGGUCAUCAGCUCCCCACCUCUACCACAACAAAAGCAUUGGACUGUCCACCUCAGCCAACCCCGGUAACCCUCCACCUCAGAGGGGGCGCCCAUCCUAGAGUGUUCAUAGGAAGCCGACCGCCCCACCGCUGCCCCACCUGCAGCCGCUGCUUCAAAUUCAAGCAUCACCUUCAGAGCCACAUGAACAGUCACGCCAACAAUCGGCCGCACAUCUGCCCCGUCUGCCGCAAGACGUACGCUCACUCAAGCAGCCUGAGCACCCACAAGAAGCUUCAUCACUCUGAGGUACGGCCACGUCGUUCUCUAUCCUGCGAGUUCUGCGAAAAGGCCUUUGGAUAUGUUGGGGUAUACUUCAGUCAUCUGAGAGAGGUCCAUAAGGUGGUGCUAACCGUGGAGCCGUCAGUCAGUCAUCAUGAGGAAGACGUGCUUGUAGAGGGGGCCAGCUUGCCGGAACCAUCAGAUGAACAGGAUUGUGAAGAUCCUGUGGAGCUGCAGAUCAAAUGUGGCCGCUGUCAGGCAAUCACUCCCACCUUUGCAGACAUGAAGAUGCAUUUGCGAUAUGUGCACAGGGAGGAGGUCCACAUUCAACUCUGUGAGGGCCAAGCCCCAAGGGGAGGCCGUGAGGCCGAGAAUGAGCUGGUAAAGCACGCUGCCCACUACUGGCGACAGUUAAAUGAGAAGCGCAAUCUGGUCAAGUGUGGAAGCUGCGACGAAGAAUUCUUUUCUUUCUCCAAGCUUAAGAAGCACAUCAUGUCCCACCACCGAGGAAGGGAAGGAGAUGACAGCGGGGUCCUCCCAUCACCAGAAAGCAGCGGAGGCCUCGGCAUUCUUGCCACAGGUGCAGUUUUUAACUGUGUGCUUUGCAGUGAGGUGCUAGACACUAAAGAGCUGGUCAUGGAGCACUGGAGGUGUCACCACCACUGUGAGCGUCCGAGCCUGCUGUGGGAUGCCCUGAGCUCAUACUCUGGCCAGGAAGAGGGCGAGGCAGACCGGGAUCUGGAAACUCCCGCUCCAAGCCCGCGUUAGCCGACUGGCCCUUUGGGUUGGCGUGGGCUCCUCCUCAUACACACUCAGUUCUAACAAUCAGCAGCGCAGGGAUAGAGAUCUUCUCUUAUAGCACUAGUUUCAUCUUUCACCACUGGAGAAAUCUGACCUUGUGCAAAAGAGGAAAAACAGUAAAGAUAAAAUCAAGCUUGUGGUGAAAAGUGAUCUUUGUGUUAAGAUUUGCAAGAGAUGCUCUCGCUAGGUCAGAGAAUCCAGUUUUAUACACAAUAUCAUUUUUCAUGUUAUUUUGAUUGCACUGUUCUGUUUUUGGACUUUAUUUUGUUUGGAAGUAUGUAUUUAAUAUCUCGUUGGAAAUGCAAAUGAUUAUUUUCUAUCUAUUGUUUAUUUAAAAGUUAUUAGAGGUCAUCCAUGACCCAACUGAAAUAGUCGAGGGGUCAUUUCACCCUUUAAUAUAUCUAGCCAUGCAGAUAAGAUCAGAUUUUCUUAUCUUUUCCUUUUUGUUAAACGUGCCGAACCAAAACGAAAAGUGACACCACACAAGAUCAAAUGUUUAAAAGCGAAACAUUUUUUUGUAGCCAGAUCAUCCUUUCCAUGUAACACCAGGCACAUUUUUCAGAGGACAAAGGUUUAGCAGUCAACUGCUGUAGCUCCAAGUUUGUUGUUUAUAAGUCACAAUAGCUCCUGCAGCUUCCUACUCGUUAUUUCCCAUGCAUUUUGCUAUUUUUAUGAGCAAAACAUUACUGCGGAUAUGUAAAAUGUGAGCACAAACUAAUUCUAGUCACCUCCAUUUAUCAGGAUAGAGUCAGAAAUCUUAAAGAUGACUCAAGCUACCAGGUCUGCAUGGCUAGAUACUACAACAGAGCAUUGAGGAGAUCAUUUUAUUCGGGGACGGCUGAAUUAAAAGUAGUUCAUUGCGUACCAUCGCAGUGGCUGACAAUUUAACCACUGGCCUUUGCGUCAUAACAGUUUAAAAGUGUUCUGUAACUGUACAAUCCUCAGUGUAGUAUUGCUCGUGUAACAGAGUCCGAUUAAGGGCAGUAUUGGGGUCCAUUAUCCACCUGGACCCAUGAAGGAACACUUUUCUUAACCAGCACCCAAGUGACAUCCUUGUGGCCUUCUGAGAAAAAAAAAAAAAACGGAAAAAAAUGUUGGUGUUCAUGCGUAACGUGACUUAUCAUCGGUAUGGUCCUCAGUAGGCCGAGUUCUAUCUUCUUGACUUGUCGAUUAAUGCCUAUAUGUGUAUUCUGUGAUAUGCCAAGGGUCUAUUCACACUUGUGAUUGUAGAAGUGAGGUUUGCAUUGAAGCUUUUUCAACCACUGACAGAAUACCAUCGGUUUAGUAAAUACACAAAGGAAAACCAUUGAAUUGCCUACCUGUUGUUGCCAGCUCAUGUACGCACCUGUGGAAUCGUGUGCACCUAGACUCUGAAUAGAGUUAAUAUAAACUGUUGUCAAGUCCAGAAAAUAUGCUAUUUUAUACUAUAUAGAUUAUUAAAGAGGUCUCUUAGAAUAUUUAUGCUUGUUAUUGGUCCUUAAAGAACCAGCACUGAGACAUUUGUUGUG